UAGCUGGCAGGUCGUGUGCGCAGACUCGGUCGGUCCAAUUUGAACAUUUAUAUAUUUUUUUUAUAGUGCGCGCGUGCCACGAAUUACUAUUGCACAGCAUUCACAAAGUCACAAAAGCGCAAUACAAAUUGUUGCCAAUUAUUUUUUUUUUAACAAGUGCGCGCUUAACCAAUUGAUACCUGCACACACACACAUAUACAUAGAUGCAAACACCUGCAGCGAGAAAAGAGAAGAAGCAUAAGCAGAGAAGAUCAGCAGCAGCAAUAACAACAAACGUAUAUAAUGUAGCAGAAUUCUUUUAAUGAGUGUGACGAAGUGACGUAUAUAAAAGAAGAAGAACACGGUACGCUUAAAAAAAAGAGCUCACAACUCACACAUACAUAGAAGUUCAAAUAAAAAUCACAAAUACAAAGAAAUCAUAUAAAGUACAAACGUGGACAACAACGUCGACAAUAACAACGGCAACGACUGAGCAGGGAGCAGAGAGGGAGAGAGAGAGAGCAACAACAGUUAACAACUGAAACGAACGAGGGAGCUGCGAACAACAACAACAAAGCAGCAAUGCAUCAGCCAGCAGCCUGAAGCUUUGGACGUCUCCCCACAAUCCCCUUUUGGACUCUGCAGAGAGAAGAGAAGAGAGACGAGACGAGACGAGAUUGGAAAACAAUCGUCAUCAAGAUCAUCAUCCGAGACAACUGAGAGAUUUGCACAUAAUUGUUGCAGGGUGAAAGGACUGAACGAGGUGCAGAUCUAGUGCGGAGAGAGAGAGCGGAGCUUCAGGGAUCAUGGACUGGGCCGAAGGGGAUCUCGUGUGGUUCGAUCCCGGGGUGGGUCAUCCCAUUCCCGGCGAGAUCCAGGAGGUGCAUCGCGCUGCUCAAGUGAUUGUCGUCCAGGCAAUGAUCAAGGGCAAGGCACAAACGUUUGCACUGCAGCCUGGUGAGGGCAGCCUUAGGGCACGCCAGGAUCUGGGCAGCAGUGGAGUGGAGGACAUGACGCUCCUCGACGAUUUGCACGAAGCAUCGCUGCUGUGGAACCUGCGACUGCGCUACGACAAGGGGCUGAUCUACACCUUUGCCGGCAGCAUAUUGAUCGCUGUCAAUCCUUACAAGAUGUUCCCGGAUGCUUACGGCUUGGAGGUGGCCAAACAGUAUGCGGGUCGUCCCUUGGGCGCACUGCCUCCACAUCUAUUUGCAAUUGGAGCUGCGGCCCACGCUGCGCUGCCAUCACCCCAGGUGGUGGUCAUAUCGGGUGAAUCGGGCUCCGGCAAAACGGAGUCCACCAAGCUGGUGAUGCAAUAUCUGGCGGCUGUAGUGCCAGGAGGUGGCAGUGCCUCCGCCGUCAUCACGGAGCAGAUACUGGAGGCGGCCCCGCUACUGGAGGCGUUUGGAAAUGCGCGAACCGCACGCAACGACAACAGCUCCCGGUUUGGCAAAUAUCUGGAGGUGUACUUCAAGAGCGGCGCCAUUGUGGGUGCCAAGAUCACGCAAUAUCUGUUGGAAAAGUCACGCAUUGUCACCCAGGCGCCGGGAGAACGCAACUAUCAUGUCUUCUACGAGAUGCUUGGGGGGCUCAGCGAAUCCGAGCGCUCCAAGUACGGUCUGCUAGAGGCGGACAAGUAUUUCUAUCUGAAUCAAGGCGCCACCGAUUGUGCCAGCGGUCGUGUCGACUGGGCAUCGUUGCUCAGCGCCAUGCAAGUGCUGGGCGUCACCGAGGGUGAACGCGAGGGCAUCGUGCGUGUCCUUGCCGCUGUGCUACAUCUGGGAAACGUGUACUUCCAUCGCCGACAACUGCGCCAUGGACAGGAGGGCGUUGAGAUCGGAUCCGAUGCGGAAAUCAAGUGGGCUGCCCACUUGCUGCACAUCAGCGCCGAGGGAAUGCAUCGUGCGCUAACCAGUCGCACCACCGAAGCGCGCGCCGAGCGUUUGCACACGCCGCUGGGCAUCGACCAGGCGCUGGAUGCGAGAGAUGCGUUCGCCAAGGCGCUGUACGCGGGUCUCUUCAACUGGCUGGUGUCACGCAUCAAUUCGAUUGUACAGAAGGGCGGAACCCAUGAUGCGCAUCGCAUCAGCAUACUGGACAUCUUUGGCUUCGAGGAUCUGGCGGAGAACAGUUUCGAGCAGCUGUGCAUCAACUAUGCCAACGAGAAUCUGCAGUUGUAUUUCAACAAACACGUCUUCAAGCUGGAGCAGGCGGAAUACGCCAGGGAGCGACUCGAGUGGACGCCGCUCGCCUGGGACGACAAUCUGCCCGUCAUCCAUCUGCUGGCGAAGAAGCCCGUUGGCAUUUGCCAUCUGCUCGACGACGAAUCAAACUUUCCGCGUGCCACCGAUCUGAGUUUCCUCGAGAAGUGCCACUACAACCAUGCACUCAGCGAGCUAUACGCUCGACCCCGGAUCGGAGCUCAGGAGUUCGGGGUAACGCAUUACGCCGGCCAAGUCUGGUACUGUGUCGAUGGCUUCCUGGACAAGAAUCGCGAUGCGCUGCGUGGCGAUGUCCUGGAAUUGCUCGCCACCAGUCGUUUGCCCCUGGUCAGCGAAUUGACGAAGCAACUGCGCGCCCAGCGGGACGCUGGCAAAACACUGCCCAAGGGCAGCAACGGUCGCUUUGUCACGAUGAAGCCACGCACACCGACGGUGGCCGCGAGGUUCGCGGACUCGCUGCAGCAGCUGCUGCAGUCGAUGGGACGUUGCCAUCCCUGGUUCGUGCGCUGCAUCAAACCCAAUCAGGAGAAGCAGCCGCUGCGCAUGGACAUGCCCUGUGUGCUUCAACAGCUGCGCUACCUCGGCAUGCUCGACACCAUACAAAUCCGACAGCGUGGCUACCCGGUGCGCCUGCGCUUCCAGCACUUCGUCGAACGCUACAGGCAUUUGCUGAGCUCGCCCCUGGCUCGCGGCACACCGUACCGCGAACUCUGCCGCAUGCUGCUGGAGGCCAUGCCACGCACUGGUGUCGAGGGACCCGAUUACCAGCUGGGCGCCACACGCGUCUUUCUGCGCGAGGCGCUGCACCGCGCGCUCGAAAGUGGACGCACGGAGCGAUUGCGUCAAGCGGCGGUUCACAUUCAGCGCCACGUGCGUGGCAUGUUGGUGCGACGCCAGCUAACACGUCGCCAGCUGGCUGCCACCAAGCUACAGGCACGUUGGCGUGGCCAGCGUCAGCAACAGCGCUACGAGCACCUGCGUCACGGUGCCUUAACCGUGCAACGGCUGUGGCGUGGCAAGCAGGCGCGUCGUCGCGUGCAGCAGCUGCGAUCCGAUCAUCGCAGGCGGCAGGAGGCGCGUGAGGCAGCUCAAAGGGCGCGUGAGGCACGCGAGGCUAAGCAGGCGGUGCUGGAGCGCAGUCAGCUGAGCUAUCUGGACAUUCCCGCCGAGCUGGCGUUCAUCUACUCGAAGCUGCAGGGCUGGCAGCCACCGCACAGCGAUCGGCAUCUGGUCAAGGUGCUCGGAACAGUGCCCGGACCUCCGGCGGCCAGUGCUCAGCUGCCCCCGGAUCUGGGUCAGUUUAGCUUUGGCAAGUUCAGCAGCGUCUAUUGCAACGGACUGCGACUGCAGCCGCGUCGCGAACCCAUAACGGCACCGCUGCUGACGCGUGCAGCGUCGCGGGAUCAAGACUUUCAGGAUGCCUUGGCCGUGUUUAAGCUGAUACUGCGCUGGAGCAACGACAAGGCGCUGGAGGGCGAGGGCGCCAAAGAGAAGCUGCUCGCCGACUACAUUGUGCACAAGGCGCUCAGCUCACGCGGGUUGCGUGACGAGAUCUUGGUGCAGCUCUGCAAUCAGCUGCACGGCGCAGAGCCUGCACUGGCCACCCGCCUGUGGCAGCUGCUCGGUCAGUGCUUGUGCUGCUUCCAGCCGAGCCCCGCCUUUAGCAAGUACCUGCUGAAGUUUGUCACCGACGAGGCGCCUGCUCCGCCCACUCGCCAACUGCUGCAGCGCCAGUUGCUGCGUCAGCAGAGUAGCUCAGGUGGCGCAGCCGCCUGUCGUAGCUUCGUCCCUGCCUGGCUGGAGUGGCGUGCCUGGGCUCGCGGUUGCGACAUGGCGUUGCCCCUGACGCUGCCCGACGAGGCCAGCCAAACUGUGGCCAUUGAUUCGUGGACCAGUUGCGAAGAGGCAGCCGCCUUGGCUGUGUCUACGCUGGGCGUGGCCAGUCGCGGCUGGACGUUGGUGCUCGACGAUGGCCAGCAGCUGACGGACAGCUGUGGCCUGGACUAUGUCAUGGAUCUGAUUGCCGAGAAGGAGUUGUGCCCGGCUUUCCCCGCACCGCGCAGUGAUCUGCUGCGUUCCGGCGCCAAAUUCACACGUACCACGCUACCCGAGGGCGUCAAACGUCCCGGAGUUCCGCCGCCUGCGCCACCGACAUCCGCAGGAGCAGCAGCCGCCGCUGGGGGAAGCGGGGGAGCUGCAGCCAGCAAGCGAGAGCAACAACAGCGCGAUGACGAAGAGGAGGAGGAGGAAUCACAGUCAACGCCGCAGCGUCGCAGUAGCCGGGAGCUGCUGUCGCGCAGUUCGGCCCUUAACGAACGCUACUUCGAGCGCACCGAGGAACCCAUUACACCGCAUUUGGUGCCUGGGGCGCAGUCGAAGUCGCGCUCCAAGUCCCUGGACGAUCUACUGGCCGGUGACAUGGGCAGCCAGCAAUUGCCGCUGCCGGACAGCGAUUCGCAGGAGUCGCCCCUGCACACACUCGCCUUGGGUUUGUCCGAGAGCCGGCUGAAUGAGCGCUAUCACUCCGCCGAGCGUCUCGCUCCCAUGGGCAAGGAGUCGGCGCCACGCUACCAGAAGUCGCAGCAUGCGGGCAGACGAUCGCAUGCCGCCUCGCAUGGCUCGGCCCACUCGAGCAAGUACAAUAUGGACAAGUCGGAGUAUGCCACACGUUCCUCGGCCAUGUCCGACACCAGUGAGGCGCCCUCGCUCGCCAGUCAUGUGCGUCGAGUGCGAGUUCCUUCGCAGGCCUCGGACGUUGAUCAGUUCCUGGACGAUCUAUUUAGUCCGGUGCUGGACGGUUCCCUCGACGAGUUGUCCGAUGCACGUUCCUUGGCUGCCAGUAUUCGCGGUAGCGGUGCUCAGAACCUGGACGAAUUCCUUGAUGAUUAUGUGGAUGAUGAUGAUGAGGACGAUCUGCUCGCCGCGCUCAGCAGUCGGGAGCAGUUGGUGGCCUGCAUCAAGGGCGGCGGCAGCACCGAGCACAGCAAUGCAACGGCCACUGCCGAUCCGCUGCUGCAUCAACUGAUGCAGCUGCCUGGCGGUGAACCAGACGCAGCUCCCGCUGCGCUCUAUCAGCAGCAGGUGCAGCGCGCCUUCCUGCAAUCGGCCAUGGCACAGAAUCUGCAGAUACAGCAGCAGCUGCUCGCCCAGAAUCAGGCACUGCAGACGCUGCUCAGUCAGCAGGCACAAGCGGGCCGAGACCGCGACAGCAACGCCAACGGAAAUGUCAUUACGAAUAGCCACAACAGAGACCCGAGCGGAUCUCCGCCAGCUGCUGGUGGAGGCGGCAACUCGCCGCCUUCGCCAGUGCAGUCUCCGCUGCGCAUGAAGACGACCACAAUGAUGACAACGACGCGCAGCAGCAGCAUGGUGCUCGAGGCAGCAUCGGGUAUGCAGCCGCCGGCGCCACCUCCACCACCGCCAAUGCCGCCACCGCUGGAGGGCAAGGAUCCGUCGGAGACGCGACACUUCCUGGAUCCCUAUGGACGUGCCAAGACAGUCCGCAUUGGAAAAUGGCGCUGGCCACCACCGCAGGGCGAGCCACAGUUCCAGACCGAGGAGGACUUCUUUGCCUUCAAGCUGCGGCAGCAGCAGCGCAAGACGACGCCGCAGGCACAGCACAGCCUGGGCGGCGCCAGUGCCACGGCCAUCGAGUGGGAGGAGUUUGAGAUAGAGUCAUGUAAGAGUCCCACGCCUCCAGCGGGAUUAGGCAACCGUAUGCCCGUAAUGCAGAUGCAUAGGAGCAGCAUGCGCUUGGAGACGAAUGGUUCUUCCGGAAUGGAUGGAGUGCAGCUGCAGCAACAGCAACAGCUGAUGACAUCGACUGGGUCUGGGUCGGUGACAACAACCACAACACAGAUGACAACGAGCACAAAACUGGCGAAGAAGAGCUUCGAGAUUGGCGCCGAUCGUCCGCCGCCUGGCAGCGUUGGCAAGCUCAAACUCAGCUCAGAAAUGCGCCAGCGUCUGGAACAGGUCACUGCGGGACACUCGGUGCGUUCGACCGUCUCCAACAAGUCGGAGCAGCGAGCACCCGCCAAGCUCGAGGACACGCGCAAGUUGAUGCUGCAGCAACAGCUAGGCGGACUCUUUGCCAGCGUUAAUGCGACGCCCGCCGUCGAGUCCCUGGCCACAGUGCGCACCCAGAUCGAGCGCAUGGAGGGCAAACUGUCACCGCCCCCCGCUCCGCCCACAGCCUGGCCAGGAGUACUGCUACCGCCAGCGCCAUCGGUGCCAGCACCACCGCCACCCAUUCGACCGCCAAGCAUGGCACCACCCGCUCCGCCGCCGGCGCCGCAAAGUCCGCUGCAACUGCAGCAUUCUCCGGAAGCGGAGGAACCCGAGCCGGACUAUCGCAAGGAGCAUGUGCCGGCAUUCAUACAGCGACAAGAGCGGGAUACCUUCGGUGCAGUGCGUCAGCCGAUGGGAUCGCAGCUGCUGCUGCACCACCAGCAACAGCAGCAGCAGCAACAACAACAGUUGCAGCUGCAACAGCAACAGCUGCACCGUUACCAACACCAGCAGCAGUCGCUGCACGACCAGCAUCAGGAUCAGCACUCCGUUGCAGUCUGGGAACAGGAGCUGCAGACCGAACGCGAGCGUUCGCGCAGUCGCAGUCGAUCGCGGGAUCGCGAGGACUAUUCGGAGUCGGUGUGGGAUCGGGCGGAGGUCGAGGGUCCGGCCUCAGGAAGUGGCAGCGAGAAGGAGCGUGAGAAACGAGAACGCGAACGCGAUCGUUUGUACGAACUACGUCAGGUGGAGCGCGAGAAGGAAAGUCACAAAGUAUAUCAGCCGGCGCCACCGCGCGUCAUACAAGCCAGCCUGGAUACGACCGGAUCGAAGUCGACUCGGGAACGGGAGCGAGAGCGGGAACGUGAACCAGCCACGUUCCGCACACACAUGGCCCAGAAGUAUGAGCACGAACGAAAGCGAAAGAGCUCCGCUAGCUCAGCGGGCGUCAGAGAGUCCGAGUCGCUGCUCCUUGACUCCUCCUCCUCCAUAUCGAUGUCCCCGGUCGUGGUGCCCGCCCCAGUGCCGCCUGCGCCUGUAACACCCACAUCCGCAGCCGCAGCAGCAAGUGCGGUCACUAGCUCAGCAGUUGGCGCCGCUUCCGGUGGGUCGACAGCCUGUCUCACCUACAAUCGGGUGCCAUGGAAAUUGCGGGUGCGCAAAGAAGUCUUUCAGCCGCACGAACCGAUUGGACCGCCCGUCGCCCUGGAUCUGCUCUUCGCCCAGGUGUUGAGCGAUGUGUUUGGUGUGACGCCCUGCUUGCGCAUAACGCCGCAGGAGAAAAACGCCGCCCUCAAUAUGUUGCAUGGCCAUGGCGUCAGCGUCGACACCUUGGCUGCCCGUGGGCAACAGGUGCGCGCCCUGGUGAAGCGUCAUCUGGUGGACAUGGCUCGCGAUUGGCCGCUCUACUUCGCACGUCUCUUUGCUGUGCAGGGCGCUCCUUUAUAUCCGGAUGUCUCCAUCAUGGGUGUUUCACACAGCGGCCUCUAUUUGGCUCGUCGCGAUGCCGACUAUCUGAUUGUGGUGCAGGCCAUUUCCUUCGCCGAGAUCCAGAACGCUGUCACGCUGCCGCGACCCGCUGCACUGCAGCUCAAUCUGCGCAAUGGGAAGCAUCUAGCGUUACAUGCCACACGCGCUGCCGCCAUUCAGUCGAUGAUCACCGGAUUCGUCGCAGAGUAUCGCAAGUCGCAGUCGAAGGCGUCAACGCUGUCGUCGGGUGCUCGGGCUGCCGCCCAGACGUUGAAUGUGCCGCUGGAGCGUUUGGAAUCGCGUCAGGCACAACAGCAACAGCAGCAGCAACGCAACGAGCACUCGCACUCCAAUGGCAAUGAUGCUGCCAUCGAGCAGCAGCUGUUGCAGCAGCAAGUGGAGCUGCAUCACCACCAGCAGCAGCAACAGCAACACCAGCAGCAGCAACAACAGCAGCAUCAUCAGCUCGAGGAUGCUGCCGAGGAGCAGCUGCUCGAGCAGCAACGGUACAUGAAGCAACAAAGCUAUCUGCACUCGGCUCGCAAGUCAAAUGCCGGCCAGCAGCCCAACUCCCUGACCAAUGGCCAGCUGUCGCAGCAACAGCAGCAGCAGCAACAUCACGAUCUGGAUGGCAGCAACUAUAUGCAGGACGAUGCAGGCAAUGGCGGCACUCCGCCCUCUGUGACCAAGUAUUCCCUGCUGCAGUUUGCCAUGCAGCACUUCCGCAACGAUCAAUUACGCGAUGCGGAUCGUCACCAUGAGCGGCAUCAGUCAUCUUCCGCUGCGAAUCGAUCGUAUGCGGAACUGGUCAAGUGGCAAGGUCACGCCAUUCGCCUGCCCCUGCUGCGUCUGCCCAACGAUUUGGCGCCGCUUGCUCUCGAGUGCUUCGAUUGCAUUCUGCGCUACUGCGGCGACAUUCCCCUCGAUCCCGAGCUAACUGAAGUCAAGUGUGUCUACACGGUGCUAAUGCAUUGUCACAAAUAUCUGGCGCUGCGCGAUGAAGUCUAUUGCCAGCUAAUGAAGCAGACGACGGCGAACCGAUCGCCGUGUCCCGACAGCUCGCAGCGUGCGUGGCGUCUGCUCAGCAUACUGGCCGCGUACUUUGGCUGCUCGGAUGCACUGCGUCCCUAUCUGAUGGAGCACCUCACAUCCGCAGCCUCGGAUCGACGUCGCUCGUGCCAUGGCACCGCCGCCGUUUGUCUGACGAAUCUCCGCAAGACGGCGCGUUGCGGCGGCCGAAAGAACGUGCCCAGCGUCGAAGAGGUGACCGCCGUCUCGGCCGGACGCUCGGCUCGCCGCCAGAUCUAUCGCUUGCCCGGCGGCGCUGAGCGAGUGGUGAACACACGCUGCUCCACGGUGGUGGCCGAUGUCAUUGCCGAACUGUGUGCGUUGCUCGGUGUCGAGUCGGAGGCGGAGCAGCAGGAGUUUUCGCUGUACUGCAUUGUCCAAGGCGACGCCUUCACCAUGCCCCUGGCAGCGGAUGAGUACAUUCUGGAUGUGACCACGGAGCUGCUCAAGUCUGGCCAGCCAUUCUACUUGAUAUUCUGCCGCUCCGUCUGGCACUUUGCCCUGAAGCGCGAGCCGGCGCCGAUGCCCCUUUAUGUGGAGGUGCUCUUCAACCAGGUGGCGCCCGACUAUCUCGAAGGACUGCUCCUCGAGCUCCCAGGCAACGGAGUGCCCAUGCCCGAGAUGGUGCGCGACAUGGCGCGCAUCGCGGCGCUGCUCCAUCGUGCCGCCGACCUAAGUCAUGUGCCGGCGAUGAAGGAGAUCAAAUUCCUGCUGCCGAAGCCGGCGCUGGGCAUUAGAGAGAUUCGACCCGCUCAGUGGGUGGGCCUGGUCCAGUCGGCUUGGCCGCAGGUGGCGAACCUCAGCCCUGGGCAGGUGAAGGCGCAGUUCUUGAAUGUGCUCGCCGCCUGGCCGCUCUUUGGCAGCAGCUUCUUUGCGGUGAAGCGCAUCUGGGCCGAGGAUGGGCCGCACGUUGAGGACAAUCACAGUCCGAUGUGGCGCGAUCUGAUUCUGGCCUUGAAUAGACGUGGAGUGCUAUUCUUGGAUCCAAAUACACACGAGACGCUGCAGCACUGGAGCUUCAUGGAGGUCAUCUCGACGCGCAAGGUGCGCUCGGAGGAUGGCGCUCUAUUCCUGGACAUGAAGGUGGGCAACCUGAUGCAGCAGCGCGUCAUUCGCGUCCAGACCGAGCAAGCGCACGAGAUCUCGCGCCUGGUGCGACAAUACAUCACCAUGGCUCAGAUCAGUCAGCGCGACAAGCGGGAGCUCAACUGAUGGGGAGAACAGACGUCGAACAACGAACAUUCCGAACAUGUUUAUUAUUAUUACAUACAAUGAUUAUUAUGAUUACCACUUAUUAGUAUGAUUACGCAUUAAUUUCCCCCGGACCCCAAUCUUUUUUUUGUCACUCUCUAAGCUAAGCAUAAACAUAUAUAAUAUAUUUAUAUAGUCCGCCCACAUAUUGUAUCUAUGUAUCCAUUGAGUGGCGGUCGUCCCUUGUCGUCCUUCCAACUGCAGGCACGCCCCGUAGGCCAUAUUCAAGCUUCCCCAUCAUUCACACUAUAUACAAUACAAUAUACAUAUAUGUACGCCUUGUAUCUGAACAAUCGGUGUUCUAAUCUUAAGUAACAAUGUGCAAUUCCUCCCCUUUUCCCUAUCUCUUAUAAUCUCUUACUUUGCUUUCCUCCGAUUCGAAGAUUUACAUAUCUUUCUUGCACUAGUUGUAAGCCAAUCUUUUAUAUUAUUAUUAUACAUGUAUUUUUUUUUUGACAAUUUGUUAAUCGAAAUUCGAGGAUUAGUGUAAUUCCUGAAAAUGAUCAAAAAUCGACAAUAAACAAAUAAAAC